AUGGCUUGCUCUGCUGCAGUACAUACAACAUACGAGCCCACUUCGUCUCGCUCAGAUUCCUCCAGGCAUGCAUCGUACCUCUCUGCACACAAAUAUCACCCGGCAACAUCUUCCGCGUCUCUCCGCUGUCCAGGACAAGCUCAAUCUCGCCCUCUAUCACAAUGCCGUAGUCCAACGAGACUGUUCUGUGCAUUGGUGAUGUCAUCCCAGGCGCCAUGUCGACAUGCCGAAGCUCUGCAACCAUUCAAGACCCCCUCGCCAGCCCGCGCCACGCAACCAGAUGUACCAUACCUUAAGGACUCCGGCAAUGACGCUCUCAACACGAUGUGCCAAAGCAACAGCUCAUGGAUGUACUGGACUCUCGCACAAUGUGUUGCACACCAAGCAAUCGGUGGCUGCGGUCUAAGGACGGGCGACUUACUCGCCACCGGCACUGUCAGUGGCGAGAAGGAACAUGGUUGUCUCCUCGAAUUCAUGAAGCCAGGUACCACACCACCGCGAGAAUAUCUGGAAGAUGGAGAGACAGUGGUAUUGUCAGGCUACUGCGGCGAAGUUGUAGGCUUUGGAGAUUGCGUUGCAACCUUGUUACCUGCUAAACCACUAUAG